UUGCGCCGAGCAAGCGCCAUGCGAUGCGGGCUUCCUGCGCGACUCAGUAGCUCCCGGACGGCGGCCCCUCCGGCGUCCUCUGACCGACAGCUCCGUACGCUCCUCCGCGACAGAAGACAUGGCAGACCAUGCCCCUCCAGUGGCCAUGGAGGCGGUCCUUAAGCAAAGCACUGACCUUCCAGAAGACAUGCCCAAGAUCCGGGGCUAUGACUUCAACCAGGGGGUCGACCACCGGGCGCUGCUCCAGUCUUACCUUACUACUGGCUUCCAGGCCAGCAGCAUGGGCAUGGCUGUCGAGGAGAUCAAUAAGAUGAUAGAGAAACGUCUUGAGCCAGUUGAGCCCGUGGAAGGCAGCGAUUGGACUGAAUCCAUCCGACAAGGGUGUACCAUCUUCCUGGGCUAUACCUCCAACCUCAUCAGUUCUGGAGUUAGGGAGAGCAUCCGUUACCUAGCACAGCACAAAAUGGUGGAUGUGAUCGUAACCACAGCUGGUGGUAUAGAGGAGGAUCUGAUAAAGUGUCUUGCUCAUACCUACUUAGGGGACUUUGCCAUGGCUGGCAAGGAGCUGCGCCAGAGGGGUAUCAACAGGAUAGGUAACUUGCUUGUGCCAAAUGCUAACUACUGUAAAUUUGAAGACUGGCUGAUGCCAAUUCUGGACCAGAUGGUGCUGGAGCAGGAAACAGAGGGCACCCGUUGGACCCCAUCCAAGAUGAUCCAUCGACUGGGCAAGGAGAUUAACAAUCCCGACUCGGUCUACUACUGGGCUUACAAAAACAACAUCCCAGUGUUCAGCCCUGCCCUGACGGACGGCUCCCUGGGAGACAUGAUCUAUUUCCAUUCUUUCAAGAAGCCCGGCUUGGUGCUGGACAUCGUGGAAGAUAUCCGUAGGGUGAACAGCCAGGCGGUGUUUGCCAAACGGACGGGGAUGAUCAUCCUGGGGGGAGGCCUGGUCAAGCACCACAUCGCCAAUGCCAAUCUCAUGAGGAACGGGGCCGAGUACUCGGUCUUCGUCAACACGGGGCAGGAGUUUGACGGCUCAGACUCUGGAGCCAGACCAGAUGAGGCUGUGUCUUGGGGCAAGAUCAGAAUGGAUGCAAAGCCCGUCAAGGUGUAUGCGGACGCCUCAAUAGUCUUCCCCCUACUGGUGGCCGAGACCUUCGCACGCCACGCCGACAAACUGACAGCCGGCAAGAAAACGGAUUAAAAAAGACGCCAGUUCAAGUCCUCUGUUGGGAAGCAGGUGUACUCUUCGCUGUCCUCGUAUUCCCCUUUUUACUGUUCUCAAAAAUGCAAGUUUUACUUUACCGCUGUUGAAGUCACAGUAGUGGGCGUAGCGAGUUAAAAGGCGAUUAAUGCUAAAACGGGUUAAUUAUAAAAGAGAAUGAUGCCUUGUUGAGCAGGAGACAUUGCUUAAUUACACGAGACUAUACUUUACACUUGAUUCUUUACAUAAUGGCUGUGUAUAUAUAUGUAUAUAUACAUAUAUGCAUUUUUUGGACAGGUAUUGGUGUUUUGUUUUUACUUGGGUACUGAACGGGUAUGGAAGCAUGCUGCAGCAUGCACCAAAGACUGGAGAAUAAAGUGGAUUUUGGGUUAUGUGUGUACAUAUGUGAACACACACUAUGUCUGUGUGAGUGUUUGAAAUUUUUGUAAAACAAGCACGCCGUAUGAGGUCAUGUUACUCAAGUUUUUUUUUAAUUCAAAUUUGGUUUUGUUAAAGAAAAGAAAACUUGACCAGUGUACAUGUUUAUUAAAUUAAUUGAAUUAAGUUUCCUUUAUUAAGCCCCUCGGGGAAGUUCAGUUGCUGCACGUUAACCCAUCCUAGCUGUGAUCUGUGUAGCUCGGAGCAGCGGGCUGCCGCCGUCACGCUGCGCCUGGGGACCGACUCCAGUUCUUUUCCCAUUGCCUUGCUCAGGGGCCCAGACAGGAGUACAAACCCGAACAUGCAUGUUUCUUCUGAUGGUGGGGGAAACCGGAGCACCCGGAGAAAACCCAUCGCAGACACAGGGAGACCAUUCAAACGCCACACAGUUUGCAUGUUCUCUCCGUGAUGGGAUGGGAUCACCUGGGAUGAUCCCCCCCCCCCCCAAAGGUUGGACAACCCCGGGGUUCGAACCCAGGACCUUCUUGCUGUGAGGCGACAGCACUAACCACUGGGCCACCGUGCAGCCCAUUUCAGCCCGUUUAGUUUCCUUGCCAAGUGUUCCUCUGGUUGGCACCGGAAACCCUUUUCACAGCUUCUGUCAUUCAUACACCUGUAUGUUUCCAUCAUUUAGGAGUUGGGAUGUGCCUGCAUAGCUCAAUAAAUCAUAUAU